CGAUCCUUAUGGUGGGAAACCUCGUCUCAAUACGACUCAACGAUCGACCUAGCAUGACCGCAGCGCCCAAAACUCCCCGCGUCAUCAUCAUCGGCGCCGGCUGGACCGGCCUCGCUGCCGCAAAGACAUACCUCCAAAUCCGACCCAAUGCAGACCUGACAAUCCUCGAUGAAGAGAGCGAAAUUGGCGGAGUAUGGAGCCGUAACCGUGUCUACCCGGGGUUCAUCGCCGAUAGCCCCGUUGGCCUCUUCGACUACUCGGAUCUCCCGAUGGGGCCGGAGAUUGGCCUGGACGAUUGGGCGGAUCUGCCUGCGUCGAGGGUGAAUGCGUACAUGGAGGGAUAUGUUGAUAGGUUUAAGCUGCGCGAACAGUGUCGGUUUAACGCGAAGGUCAUUCGCGUGCAGCGGGGUGAUGUGGGUGAGGGUGGUGAGAGGGGGUGGCGAGUUGAGGUCGAGGAUCGUUCCAACGGAUCAUCUGGUCAGAAUACAACAUCAGAAGUGUUAUAUUGUGACAAGCUGAUCGUCGCUACGGGGACAACUUCGACUCCCUGGCUCCCGGACGACAUCGACUGGACACGAUUCUCUGGCACGGUCCUGCAUUCCAAGGAAGUCGGGCAGAAACACGGCUACCUCACCUCGCCCAGUGUCAGCAGCAUCACCGUCGUCGGAGGAAACAAGUCCGCAGUAGACGUUGUGAACUUGUGCGCGCUGGCAGGAAAACAAGUCAACUGGGUAAUCCGCGAAGAAGGCUGGGGCCCCGGGUUCUUGUUAAAGGCUCGAUCGAAGAACGGCGACCAUCUCGGCACGAUCAAGUCCAAGCGGGUUUCAGGACUCGCGUCGCCUAGCAUCCUCUCUGCCAAGGGGUUCGGUUACUGGUUUCUUCAUAGUGGGAGGAAUUGGAUUGGGCCGCGGCUGUUGAACUGGGUGUUCGAGCACAUGGCCAAGACGACUAUCAAGGAAGUAUAUGGGCAGAGUGAAAACACCAUGAAGAUUGUCCCAGACCUGAAGCACUUGUUCUGGAAUCAGAGUGGCGUAUCGGUCGUCCACGAUGACAAAUUCAUGGAAAUGGUGGCUGAGGGCAACCUGAUCCCUGUCCAUCGCACGUCAGUCUCUUCCCUACAAGACAGAUCCGUGCAGCUGGCCGACGGCCAAGUCUUGCCCUGCGACGCUAUCGUCUUCGCGACCGGCUGGCAACGCAAUCAGCUUUCCUUGUUUGACCACACGACACUUACAGACCUUGGACUCCCGCAAAAGAUCAGUGACCAACUUCCAGAUGUGGCCAGGCACUGGAAAAAGUUAGAUACCUCGUCAAGGUCACAAAUUUCCAAGACCUUCCCAGCCCUCGCGUCGCCACCACCUGAUGUCGUUGCUUACUUGGAGCAGAAGAGGGACCGAAAUAAGGCCCGUAGUACUCCAUUUCGUCUAUUCCGAUACAUCGUCCCACCGAAACUCGCAGCAGAGGGCGACAGAUCCCUCAUCGUUCUCGGCUUGGUCCAGAAUACGACUGGCCCACUGUAUGCUGAAAUCUCGUCUCUAUGGGGCAUUGCAUACCUCGAGGAUCUACCGUUCUCGCGAGAAACACAGGCCUUGCUUUCUAAUCAAACUGCCAUGGAGCAGAAUAUCAGUCUGGUGAAUACGUGGGGGGAGAUGAUGACUCUUAACAUGGCAGAGGGGUAUCCUGACCGGUCUGGCGAGAUACAGGAUUUCACAGACCUGCUCAUGAAGGAUUUGGGACUGCGGCCGGAUCGAAAGAGAUUUGCGGCUGAGAAAGAUGGCAACACGGGGAUCCUCGGGCUCAGGGGCUGGUAUAAAGAAUGGUUUGGUGUAUAUAAAGCGCAGGAUUAUCAGGGGGUUGUGGAGGAGUAUUUGCGCAAAGUUUCCUCGGAGGCUCAUGGACUGAAAGCAUAGAGGUUGGUACCAGUCCUUAAUGGUGGAAAAAGAGAUUUUGUUCGUUAGAAUACCUAUGGAAUAACAAGUGGCACUUUUUUAGUGAUUGUGGAAUUGUAAAGCAACGUGUACUCCAAAC